AUGACUGCCUCCCUUCGCCCUCAGAGACUGCUCCCGCGGCUCUCCUCUGCAACCUCCCGAACAACAUCAGGAACCCGGCCUUCAUUCCUCGACCAAACACCAGGAACAUGCCUCAUUUGCCAGUUCAGACCCCAAAGUACCAUUCGCGUACCCCGGGUUCAUCAUCUCCAGCAAACCCGUCGCUUCGCCUCCACAUCUUCCUCCCCCAAUGCUACCACAACCGAUAACAACGGCACUAUCCAAAACAUUCCGGACAUCACGAACCACUACACCAUCUUCCCCAAAACCCUCCCAGCAGGGCCACCUCCAAGCUCACCCUUCCACAUCUCCGUCAGCGAUCUGCGACGCGAGUUUCUCCAACUCCAGGGUACAAUUCACCCAGACAAGUAUCCCCCGGGCCCAUCGAAACAACAAGCCGAGGCCCUUUCAGCCCGCAUCAAUGAAGCCUACCGCACGCUGUCCGAUCCACUCGCGCGCGCACAGUACCUCCUCCGCGAGAUGCACGAUAUCGACGUCACAGCCGAGGACGGCGCCGCGCACCAUGCGCUCGACCCAGAGACACUGAUGGAAGUAAUGGAGGUGCAGGAGACGAUCGAAGAAGUGGGCGCCGAACCAGGCGCGGAGUCCACGAUCGCCGAGCUGAAGAAACAAAAUGAGACCCGUGUAGUAGAAUGUGUGGAGAAGUUAGCGAACGCCUUCGAUGCAGGCGAUCUGGAGUCCGCAAGGCAGGAAUGUGUGCGCCUGCGCUUCUGGUAUAAUAUUGCGCAGGGGCUGAAGGAGUGGGAGCCCGGUCUUACUGAGAUCAGACUGGUGCACUAG